UGUAAGAUAAUUAUCCUAGAUGCGUCACUGAAACUGCGUUUUUGUAUCGUAUACAAAACAUAUACAAUUUUGGAAUAUAUAAAAUAAUUCUAGGAACAUGGAAUUUUGUACCAAUAAAUUUACGAGAUUUUUCUCGUGGAAACUCUUGAAACUAAACAAUAAAUUUAAUGUGCGAUAUUCUUCGAAAUAUUAUAAAAUAGACGACAAUAUUUUCGGAUUAAACGAACAACAAAAAGAGCUUCGACAAUUAAUAUUUAAUUUUGCGCAAAAAGAGCUUGCUCCAAAAGCAGCCGAGAUAGAUAAAAAAAAUAAUUUUGACGAACUCCGAAAAUUUUGGAAAGACCUAGGCAACCUAGGUUUGUUAGGAAUAACCGCGAAAUCCGAAUACGGUGGCACAGGUGGUACGUAUUUAGAUAACGUUAUCGUCAUAGAAGAAUUAAGCAGAGCGUCAGCAGCUAUAGGUCUCAGCUACGGUGUCCAUUCAAAUUUGUGCAUCAAUCAAAUUCACAGGAAUGGAACUGAAGAACAAAAGUACAAAUAUCUGCCAAAGUUGUGCAAUGGAGAGCAUAUCGGGGCGCUUGCAAUGUCAGAGUCGACAUCUGGAUCUGACGUGCUUUCUAUGAGACUGCGAGCCGAAAAAAGGGGCGAUUAUUAUAUUUUAAACGGUCACAAAUUUUGGAUCACAAAUGGCCCCGAUGCUGAUACUCUUAUUGUUUAUGCGAAAACGGAUCCAAACGCGGCUAAACCACAACACGGUAUCACGGCGUUUAUCGUAGAAAGAGAUUUCGAAGGUUUCAGUAUCGCUCAGAAAUUGGAUAAACUAGGCAUGCGAGGUUCCAACACUGGUGAACUUGUAUUUGAAGAUUGCAAAGUUCCUGUGGCAAACAUACUUGGACAAGUGAACAAAGGCGUUUACGUGCUAUUCAGUGGUCUAGAUUUAGAACGAUUGACACUGUCAGCGGGUCCUUUGGGACUCAUUCAGGCCUGUUGCGACGUGGCAUUUGAUUACGCACACACUAGGACACAAUUUGGAAAACGAAUAGCAGAGUUCCAGAUGAUACAAGAGAAAAUAGCAAAUAUGUAUACAAGUUUAAACGUUUGUAGAAGUUACUUGUAUUCAAUAACUAGGUCUUGCGACGCAGGACACGUAAGUCGAAAAGAUUGUGCCGCAGUAAUACUUUACCUAGGCGAGUGCGCUACCAAAGCUGCGUUGGAUGCAAUUCAGAUACUUGGUGGGAAUGGUUAUAUAAAUGAUUAUCCUACUGGGAGAUUUUUAAGAGACGCUAAAUUAUACGAAAUUGGUGCUGGUACCAGUGAAAUUCGCCGAAUGGUAAUUAGCAGAGCCAUUAGCGAAGAAUACUCAUAAACAAAGAUGUUACAUUCCUUCGAAUAUCUCGAAAAAAUUGUAUACAAAAUAAUGUUUACAUCAACAGUGGAAUUACGUACUCGUAACGACGUUCAUUAACGAGUGACGGACAAGCUAAUAUACUUAGCAUGAUGCUGAUGUACUCUGCGAGAGUACGAUUCGAUUCUUCAUCCACGCACUUUCUUCGGAUCGUGUAAAUCGAGAUAAAUGAGUCACUAGAACGGCACAUUCUUAAAACCACGAUUGACUAACCUUUCGCGCUAUAGGUUGCUAAUUUAAGUCAAACUUACGUAGAAUCUCUUCCUCUCGGUUUAUUUUGUGUACUCUCGUUUACUAUUUCUCUUACACUCCUAAUGUAGUCUCAUUAAUCACAGUGCGGUCAAAGUAAUUAGAUCGAAACUGCUAUUGGGAAGAGGUGCUUCCGAGUGGCAUUCGCCGGACGUCGUUCAAGAGAGAGGAAAGCUGCUGGUUGAAAAUUUCGAAAGAUUGACGAUCGAAGAUGUCCCUUAAGUUUUCGAUAAGCAACUUUUACGAAACCUAUGUGAGUAUGUGAUGGCCCGAUCAAAUCCUAAAUUUCUCUUCAUUUCAUGCCUCUCUGUAAUUCACGGUGAUGGACUUCACCCUACACUUCUUUUCUUUUCAAUUCAAUGCACUUUUCUCAAGAUGAUAUUGUGUUAACCUACGGGCAUAUGUUUCCUCCGUAACUUUGAAGAGAAGAACCCACUGUAAUUUGUGCGUUAAUAAACAACUUACGUGCAGUGUAUGUUUAA